AUGGAAAACGAUGCGUUUAUCAUCCAAGAAGUGAUCGAAUGCAAUCGAGUAAAUCAAACUGCAAUCUUUAAUGUUCUGCAAAAGAAGCUUUUUACUGUCAACAGGAGUUUUCCCAAAGUCGAUUUACCGAAUGUCUUGACCAAGGAUGUGGCUAUUAUAAGUGAGAGCCAGGAUAACUUCAAAGUGUUUCGAGUUUGCAUGAUUGCCCUUUGCGGACUUUACACGCUGCAUCUUAUUUUAUUUUUUUGUUAUUGGACAUUAUUUGUCGAAUACAGGAACUUUAUUAUCAAGAACAACAGAUUUAUGUUCGGUAACAAUAUGGAUUCUGUCGAAAAAGUAUUUUAUCCAGCGGUGUUGUAG